AUUUUUAUUUUUCACUUAAAUGCACUUGUACAUAUAACAGCGCACUCUGUUGUUUUUUUGUGCGCCAAUGUAAUAAUUUAAAUACAUACAAACAUCGCAACUUAGUAUGCAGCUUUUUGGGUAAUUCUGCAAGUAUACUCCCUUAGCAAAUACCUGAAAUAUAAUAGGCAUUUAUAUUAAAAUCGUGAAAAAAUUACUCUCAACACUGCAUUGCUCGCUUGGUCAUGUUGAUUGAACCGGGUAUUAAUCAUAAAUUUGGAACAUUGGCCGCCGCAAAUACGAGCAUACCAGCGCAUUGGAAAAUGGAACCACCAAGAAUACCAGCCUUAGCGGGAACAGGUGGUGCGCCCACUAUACCGCCACCGUGCAAUAUCGGCCUGUCACCCUCUGUGCAAAUACCGGGUGCUGCAAUCUUCGGAGCCGGUGGCUCACCAUCGCCUACCACUUUGAAUGCGCUCAUGUCCCAACAGCGUUUACUCGAGUUGUCGAGAUUUGGCGGUCUACGCGGUUACGAUAUAGCUCAGCAUAUGUUGUCGCAGCAGGGUGCUGUCUCGAAAUUACUGGGUUCACUGCGUCCACCUGGUCUAAUUGGAGGCUCUAAACCAAAAGUCGCCACACCAACAGUUGUCUCGAAGAUCGAACAGUACAAGCGCGAAAAUCCAACAAUAUUCGCAUGGGAAAUACGUGAACGGUUGAUUUCGGAAGCUGUGUGCACCAAUACCACCGCACCUUCGGUUUCUUCCAUUAAUCGUAUAUUACGAAAUCGAGCCGCCGAGCGUGUGGCCAGUGAAUUUGCACGCACCGCCGCCUACAGUCUCUAUCCACCGCAUCCAUAUGGCGGCUUUACUUGGCAUCCCUCUGCCGCAGCGGCAGCUGCUGCAGCUAAUGCACCUUCAGCUGCACACUUUUGGCCCACACAACCGACGGGUCCAACGCUUACAACGCUACCACCGUCUGGUGCUGGUAACAGUGGCGGUUUAAAUAGUAAUAUGUGUGUUAGCAGUAACACGGGUGGUCUGUUGACAACAAAUAAUCGUCCAAUAUCACCUGGUUCGGGUAGUAGGGACACCCUGGAGUCACCCGAUGAUAGUCGACAUGUGGACUCGGAUUACUUGGAUGAUGAUGAUGAACCGAAAUUUCGUCGCAAUCGCACUACUUUCAGUCCAGAACAGUUAGAGGAGUUGGAGAAGGAGUUCGAUAAGAGUCAUUAUCCGUGUGUGAGCACACGCGAGCGUUUAUCGAGCCGUACAUCGUUAAGUGAAGCCCGAGUGCAAGUUUGGUUUUCCAACAGAAGAGCGAAGUGGCGCCGCCAUCAGCGGAUGAAUCUGUUGAAACAGCGCUCCAGCCCAUCCGGCCAUCCACAUAUUCCGCAUUCACAGCCGUCUCCCGAAAGGAACAACAACAACAGCAACAGUCUCAGUCACAGUCUCGCGCCGCCAGCGACGAUGGGCGUGGCCGUCUCACCGACGUCCAGCUGUCACAGCAACAGCAACACCUCUACAUGUGCGGGCGCGGACCAACUGCAGUCGCACCACCACCACCAUCACUACACGCAUGGGGGUCAAGCAUCGUCGACGACGGUGGUGAAUUCACCAGGGAGCGAAUUGGAAUUGCGCGCACACGGACAUCAUUUGACGCACCAUGCUUCGCAUCAUCCCCCGAACAGAAACGCGGCCACAAUGUUGUUGAAUCACUACAGCCAACAACAACAGCACCAGCAUCAUCAACAACAGUACGUUGCCAAAACGCAUUAUGCAGCGGCAGUGGGCGAUCAAUUGCAACACCCAGCGGCAGAACCGAGUGCAGAGAGUGCAGGCUCGGCGGCCGCGCAACACCAACAACAUCCGUUGGCAAUAACGCUGGCGGCAACGCUGGCGACAUCUCAGCAACAGCAGCAGCAACUCAGCACAUCGCCCACAGCAUCAGCGCCAUUAUCAAUGGGCGGUGAGCAUAGCGCUUUCCGUUCGCUGGUCGGCUCACCCUCGGCGGCGGCGUUUGCGCAUUUGGUGCACCAGUACGCAGUGGCGGCGACAUUGUCAGCGAAUGCCGCAAGCAUGGGCGAGGAGCUAAAACAACAACACCAACACCAACAGCAACAGCAACAGCAACAUAACCACCAACAACAACAGUCAGUGACAGUUGACGACUCUUCGGAGGACUCAGAGGAGGAGAUCAACGUGCACGACGACUCCGACGAUGAGUUGGAAGUUGUACUUCGCACGCCUCGCACUUGUGCCGCAGAUCAAAAUAAUGCCUACAGCAACAGCAACAAACAUAAGGAAAACACGAGCGCUAGCAACAACAAUAAAGUGAGUGAAAUGUCGCCGACUGGCAUCAAAGCGCCACUGCAACUCACCAAGCAUGAUCGCUAAGCGCGCGUCACACGCUCCAUUCUAAUCGCGUGAAGCAGGGCGUUGCGCGCACGGAUUGCAUUACAACUAAAUUUGACAAAGUUGACUCGGAGUUGCGCUUGUGAUUGACACAUUGGUACCGCCAAUGUUUGUAUAUAAUAGCAGUGGCGUGGCGGUGAGUGAAGGUAAGAAUUACUUUGGCUAUUGUAAGGCCCCGCUAAACAUGCGCUGUCCGCCUCAUAAUGAGCGUAACAUGAAACUUGGCGGACGCAAGCUGCAUGCUUAGUGCUAAGCGCUGCUCUGAAAAAACACUAAAAUGAUAAAAGAACCAAAAUAAAUAUGUACAUAGAUUUGCAUUUCAAUGAGCUUGUUCGCUUUGCAAAAAUUGCAACAAACAAUUUGAAACCAAAGUAAUUAACGAAAUCGUUAAACAAUACAAUGAGCGUACGCGUGCUACUUAAUGUUGGUUAUAACACAAAAUAACAACAACAACAAUAUUACUCAAAUACCCAGUAGAAAAUCUGAAUCUUGGAACAGUUCCAUUUAGAACUCACACUAAUAUUUUUUGAACUGGUCGAGACCAUGGCUGCAAAUUCUUCAAUUAAAAGUUUUGGAUUAAAAAUUAAAUUUUAUUUUUUAAUCCCAAAGUUGGGAGACUUUUAUUUUUUUAUCCGGUAUGCGGUAUUAAAUGUUAAUUCUACAAUUUUUUAGUGCAUCAUUUGCAAUCUGGUCAAGACUAAUUCUCUUUUUGGCGUAAAAAUUUAAAUAUCAAUAAUUUUAGUAAAAUUAUUUGUAAACAAGUGAAGUGAACUGAGUAAAACUAGUGAUGACAUGGUCGAUUUUCAAUUAUUAAUAUUUUUGAUUUGUGAUCUUAGAACUAGAUUUAUAAUAGUUUCGUUUCGAUAUUUUAUUUUACAGAUUCAUCUAAGAGAAUUUAGGCUUAUUUAGACGUUCCUAAAAGUGUAUGACUUUAAAAUGAUUCAAACGGCUCACUCGAUUAUGAAUUUUUAUUUCAAACAUCAGCAACAAGGAUUUGUUUUUUCCUAACGAUCAUUUUUACUUAACCAAGUAUUUUGGUACUUACUGAAAGUUAGAUUUAUGUUUUCUCCCUCUAUAAAUCCAAAAUUUUACUUAAUUUUUAGUAAUUAUUCAUUAUAUGGUCUGUCUGUGAUUCCAGAAGUAAAGAGGAAUGGAUUCAAGUACAUAGCAAAUGGUUUAUUUAUAUCAAGCGAUUAGCGGUACUUUGUCUGAGUUCAAGAAUUCGCUUCGCCAACCUCGUUUUCGUUACUGGGUUACCUUUGAAAAUGCACAGUGUUGUUGUUGAUAGUUUAAAAAAUCUUUCUAUGUACGAGUGUGACUAUUUCGUUUAAAUGGCCAAUAAAAUUUAAAAAUAAACAGAAACAGUCCAGUAACAAUUGAAAAUUAGUUAAAUGUUAAAAAAUAUAUAUACAAAACAUUAUUAACACAAAUUUCCUAUAUACAAAAUUACUUUAAGUACUAGGAGAAAAAAUUAUAUGCACAUAUAUAUUCAAUAUUUAUAAAUAAAGUUUUAAAAAUAUAAUCUAUUUCGACUUAGCUUCUUCUACCAAAAAGUAUAAUUAACUGUAAUUUUAAAUAAAUGUAUAUUAUUUCCAAUUGAAACCUGCAAUAGUUAAGACUACCAAUUCGCUGUAUAUGUACAUAUAUGUAUAUGAAAUCACUUUAAUAUUUUUAAUCCAGUCUAAGUGUGAAGCAGUUGUAAGCAAGAAUUGUUAUUUUCAAAACGAUAGUUAUUUAAAAGAAAAAACACAUUAUAUCUAACAAAAACAAUUGCAA